AUGCCACCCCCAUCGACCCAUACCGAGAGCGAGGCCAAUGGCCAAGAGCCACAGGAUGCAUCAAAGUUACAUGAGGAUCUACCCGCUUGCCAGCUUUGCCGAAGGAAAAAAUCCCGCUGCAGCCGGACCCAACCUUGUGUAGAAUGCGCCCGCUCCGGCGCCGACUGCGUCUAUGAUGAGCGUCGCACGAAGCCGGGCCUCCGCACUGGCGCAAUGGACCAACUUUAUCGCCGCGUUGAAACUCUCGAGAACAUGUUCCUCGGUCAGGAGUUACUCUGGCAACAGAUGUGGAAGACUAUGUAUCCGAAUGGGGCUCUAUCAGCGUCAAACGAGCGAUCUACCAAUAUUGAAGAUCUGGCUAGGCGACGAGAUGAGCUCAAGUCCGCUUUGCUUCGCACAUUAUCAAGGGACGAAGAACAAGUCCACGCGAGUGCGGAGUCAGCUCCGCGUCCAGCAAAGAGACGACGCUGCACGGUGACUACUACGCCCUUCGUCCCAGGCAGCAUGGAUGGCGACGCCGACGGUCUUCUUUCGACCGAGAUUAUGACGGAGCUCGUGGGCUUCUACUUUGUUAAUAUACACCCCUGGAUACCAAUUCUUCACGUGAGAAGGUUUUGGGAGCGCAUGCAAUCUCCAGACGAGCGUCCUCGUAUUUCCUGCAUCCUUCACGCAAUCAUCGCUGUAUGUGUACGUUUCUCCAAGAGCAAAGAAUUACGUGACGCAGAAACGAAGGCAUCUGUCGCAGAGAAGAGCAGAAAAAGGGUGAUACUGGCCAGCACCGAUUGUUACUCGGUCGAGAACUUGCAGGCACUAAUAAUCAUUGCAUUUGAAACAAUUGAACGAGGAUGCGGACCUUCGUCAUGGUCUAUCGUCGGCAGUGCUAUCGGCGCGGUAAAUCAACUUCAACUCGGGGUCGAGGAAGACGUUUUAUACCGUCCAACCAAUUCGGGUGAGUCGUUGAUUCGGCGUAUGGUUUUCCUGCCUCCGUCAAGGUCUUGGAGCGAAGCGGAGGAGCGUCGGCGAAUCCUUUGGGCUGUGUUCUUGAUGGAUCGCUUCUGUAGUGUAUCUACAGGCCGGGAGGUAAGCCUGGACAGCGCCGGUUUGAAACGUCGCCUUCCCUGUGAGGGAGCGGUCUGGGAGAAGGAAACCGAGAUUUGCGCGCCUUUCUUCGGCAUCUCGGAUUCAAAGGAUACCGCAGCAUCCUCAUCGCUUCUAAGUGGCAGUGGAGUGUCGACAAGCUCGGAUGACGACCUCUCAAUAGGUGGAUUUGCGUACAAUAUUGAGGCUACUGAAUCACUUACGCUGGUCACUAAUUUCUUCCUCGACCAUGCGUUCAUUGUUGCAGAUGCCGAGAAAGCUCGGAUUUGGAUGAUGAAAUUCAAAGAGUUGGAUUUGCGACUCAUCCAGUGGAAACUGUACCUGCCCCGGAGGUGGAGAGAGGCAUCCGUGCUGAAUUCCGACGGGGUCAUGGACCCGAACCUGACACUGGCGCAUAUCACACAUAAUACCGCGGUCAUUCUAUUGCACCAAGCAAUUGCCUAUCCACCCCCGCACUGGCAAAAUUGCUCAAUCAAGCUGCCAUCUACAUCAUCUGCAGAAACAUGCCUAGAGGCUGCAUCCGAGAUUGCUACUAUUGGGCAACAAUUCCUCUCAUUAUCGCCCAUCUUUACCAACCCUCAAUUUUCUUUCUGUCUUUUUAUUGCCGGGAGAAUGCUCCUGGCCCAUGCAAGAUACAACCAAGUCACUGUUGCAUCUGCUCUCGAUAUCUUGGUUGCGAGCCUUCUCGAGAUCUCCCAGCGAUGGACCGGGAAAAAAGAUACUACAGGCUCAAUAGGCGACAACCUGGCCUCGACGUUUGCGAAGCGACUCAUAAAUGCCCAAAACGACUCUAGUGCUGCCCGUCGCCCGAGUCUAGAUAUCAGGGAAACCGCAUAUUGGGACGAAAGCCAGGGCCAGCCUGCAGCACUACUUCCUCCCAGCACCUCGCCAUUUCAGCCUGGUAUACACACGUCCGGAGCUUCCAAUAAAGAGCAUCAUGCUGGAGACAUGAGAAGACAGUCGCCCCAAGAGUCGUAUGGUCUGGAUCCAUUUAGCCUGGCUUUCCCACCACUCCCACCGUCUUUCCAGCAAGGCUUUCCUAUUUUUUCUGCAUCAGACCAGAUCUCCGUAUAUGGGCAAUCUGGUGUUUAUGAGGCGAACCCCCAAUUGAAUAUGCAGUCACAAGAUCCGGGUCUUGAUGUAUGGCAAGAUGCCAAUGCGGCAUUUGGAAAUGACCUCAAUCUUCAAGCGGACCUCGCGCAAGUUUUCAAUCCGACCCCUAACCCCGGCCAGAGGAUAAGUCGCUAUGGUGCAGUACAUGUUACGAGCCAGGACCCAGACAAUGGCUCAAGGAAUUUCCCGACGACCGACAACAUCAAUGGGCGAAAGCAUUAA